UAAAUGUGGACAAAGUUCGGGAAAAGUGGUCAGAACGAGGGUCAGAAAGUGCCCGAAGUGAAAAGUGACCAUAAAGCGAAAUAUCAACGAAUGGGAUUCUAUUCCACCUUCGGAGGAGCGAAGUAGAUUUUGGGAAAAUUUAGACUAAAUUCGGUGAAUUUCGCUAAAGGACUUCGUCUUGCAAGAGACAGCGCAAUAUAAAUUAACAAAGGAGUGAAAGAGAUGGGUUAUAUGGCAUAGUCAACGCCACCACGCGAUAGUCGACCAAAGUCCAACUCUGCGAAUUUGUGUGCAAGUUUUUCACAAAAGCGGGAGUUCUCUGUAGUCCACAAGCAAUUUCCCAGGAUUUUCUUGGCCCCAGCCCGCCGGGUGGAGUGAUUCUGCAUAACAAGGAAACUGCUGGAUCUUUGGGACAAAUGUUUGUUGUGUGUCUGUGUGCUGAGAGGUUGUGAAAUUACAUCAAAAUGAGACGGAAGGAGAAUGCGGAUGCCUUCCUGACAGUCAAUGAGCGUCCUGUCGACGAUAUCUCUCUGGAAUUCUUCUACAAACCCCACACAAUAACCCUUCUUGCUGUCUCCAUUGUCUGUGCCAUGUAUUUUGCAUUUGUACGCAAUGAGACGAACAUCGAAGAGAACAUCUGGGCCGGGAUUAUAUGUGUCAUAUUCUUCUUUCUCACCGUCUCCGUAAUUGCAUUCCCCAAUGGACCCUUCACCCGGCCACAUCCUGCUGUCUGGAGGAUUAUCUUCGGUCUGUCGGUACUCUACUUUCUCGGACUGCAGUUUCUUAUGUUCCAAAACUACAAGACUAUCAUGGGCAUCUUCUACUGGCUAGAUCCGGGGCUCAAGAAUUUCCACAUUAACAUGGACAAGGAAUACGGAGUUAACUGCUCAGACAUCACCGCUGAACGCAUUUGGUCACAUGUGGAUGUUUUUGCAUUGGCUCAUUUUCUCGGUUGGAUGUUCAAGGCUAUUCUCAUUCGGCACAUGGGAAUCCUGUGGGCCAUCUCAAUAAUGUGGGAAAUUACGGAGAUUGCCUUUGCACACCUCCUGCCCAAUUUUGUGGAAUGCUGGUGGGAUGCUCUCAUUCUCGAUGUAGUCGUAUGCAAUGGUGUAGGUAUUUGGUGUGGCUUGAAGUUGUGCAAAAUGCUGGAAAUGCGUGAGUAUCGAUGGAUUAGCAUAAAGCACAUUUCGAGCACAACGGGUAAGAUAAAACGAGCUGUGUUGCAAUUUACUCCGGAAAGCUGGACUGCUGUACGAUGGCUCGAUCCAAAGAGUACAUACAUGCGCUUCUUGGCUGUGUGCCAGCUUGUGAUCUUCUGGCAGGUCACAGAACUCAAUACAUUCUUCCUCAAGCAUAUCUUUGAGAUGCCACCAUCGCAUCCCGUAGUCAUUGUACGUCUCAUCCUUAUUGGCCUGUUCACAGCACCCUCAGUACGGCAAUACUAUGUCUACAUAACGGAUACGCAGUGCAAGCGCGUGGGGACACAAUGCUGGGUUUAUGGGGGUAUAAUGGUGUCCGAAGCGAUUCUCUGCAUAAAGAAUGGCAAGGAAUUGUUUGAGCGUACUCAAGCGACAAAUAUAAUUGCUUGGCUCCUCAUACAACUCUUUGUAUCCGUUGUCUUUGUCUAUGGGUACAUGCUGUGGCAUAAAUACUUCCAACAUGACACGGAUGCUACCCCCGUAAAGACCAAAACAUCACGACAGCGAAAGCGCAUCCACGAAACCGAAAACUCCUCACUACGGAAGGAUGACUAAAUUGACCCCCUGCUCUGUUCCUAUACAGCUUAAAUGGGGGCCAAAUGAACCAAAGACACCGCAACACAGCACUGAGACACGCUCAUAGGAAUUCAAGUCAUAUCCGCUUUAGUCAAAAUACCCGCGCAUCGAUUGUAGCAAAAAAAAAGUUAUAUUGUAGGUAGAGAAAUAAAGUUAAAUGGCAUUUCUCCUCUCUCUUUUAGCCAACCACCGAAUUUUCGCCAUUUUAUUCAUUACGAAAAGACAAAAGAAAAAGUUGUCGCUUCCUUCUCUCAAGGCAACUUUAACUAUAUAUAGUUUAUAGGAAUUGGUUAAGAGGGAGUGAUACCAAUCACUGUGAGAAUAAAUAUUUUACUCAAAACGCUGUAAUGAAUAUUAAAAAAUAAAUGUAUAAUGGAAACGGAGAAAAA